AGGGCUUUCUAUCUACUAGUGAUAGAUAUGUCUAAGUCGUUUGGUGAAAAAGUCGACCCAGCGCUUUGUGAACAGGAAGGAACAAUGUUUGCUGACUGGACUUAUGGGGAAUACCUCCUGUUUUGGCUUAAGUCGGUUCACACCUAUUGUGAUAGUGAUGCCUCCGUUAUCAUCAUUGGAACUCAUCUGGACAGAGUUAAAGAGCAGAAUUCUGACACUUUCUACAACAGUAUACUUGACCACUUGAAAUUAAACAUACAUCUGAAAAGACACUUGGACAGGAAAAGAUGCUUUGUCCUUGGAUUUCAGACAGGUGGCGCAUGUUGCAAUGAUUCAUUAACAGAACUAGAGAAGUGUAUUGUAUCAAUUGCUAAAGAAGAUAAAUAAAAUGAAACCAUUCCUACAGACUGGGCUCUGUGUGAAAUUGUAUUCAGAGAGAGCAGAAAACAAAAAAUCAGAAUGACUUCCAUCGGAGAUUUAUCAUCUAAAUGUUUUGGUGGAAACAAAGAAAAAAUUACCCAAAUAGGAGACGUUCUGAAGUUUUACCAUGACAUUGGCGUCUUACUAUACUUUAAUGACAACAAUAUGUCUGAAACUGUAAUUAUUGAUAUCCAAUGGUUUAUUGAUUCAUUUAAGAAUAUUAUUACCGACCCAAACCACGCCAGGGAUAUUGUAGAAAAUUACACGGACUGGUGGAAUUUUUAUGAAAGUGGACACAUCCUAGACAGACUUUUAACUGAUAUAUGGAGCACCAGACGUUUCGAAGUCAGUUUUUGGGACAGACAUCAAGAGAAAACAAAUCUUCUCCAAUAUAUGCAGCGUCUUGGUCUAAUUGCUGUAGGUGCUGAUGCACAUUACAUUCCCUGUAUGAACAAGCGAGCAUUUGGAAUUGAGGAAGAAAAUUAUUUUCGAUCUCUUCAUAGUAAAACCUCCGUAUUGGUCUUUAAAUUUCAGUUUCUGCCAUUUUUUUUCUACUACCGUCUUAUUGUUGCUUGUUUAACACGGACCAAUAGAGAAUGGAGAGUGUUAAAAGACAAUGGACUCUGUUUGUACAAAAAUGUUGCCUGCUUUGAUUAUAGGCAACAUGUAGUCGCUCUAGCAGUAAACAAUUCAUCAAUUCAGCUUCAGAUUUUUCAGCCCACCAAUGUUCUUGUAAUGAAAGAAGUAGCACUGAAAGUACGAAACACUGUUGAAAGCUUACUAAAAGACCUGCUUGGGAAUUUCCACAAGAAAAUUGAUAUAUAUACUGUUGGAUACCAAUGUUGUAAGCAGGAAGUGUUUCGGGAACACGAUGAUUGUUUUCUUGAAGAGAAAGAUAUUUGCAGAAAAGGGAAGAUAACUUGUCCAAUGCAUGGCAUGAUCAAUCACCACGUAAUAUGCGAAUCUUCUCUUCUAGUUUACUGGAAAUUGGAUGUUAUAGCGGAUAUUUCAGAUUUGGAUGACUUUCUGGAGCAAGAUGAAUGUACCAAUCUGUCUGAAUCAGAAUUAAGUAACGUGAAUUUCAAGACUUUUGAGAAACUCACAAAGAUAGGAAGAGACGCUUUGCAGCUCUAUUUUGACCGAAUAUUUCCACCUGUAGACCUAGUUACAACACUUACUUUGAACAAGGACAGUCUGCAACGUGGACAGAAAUUCGGGAAGCUCGUGCAGAGUGCGAAGAAAGGGUCGGAGAAGGAGAGUGCGCAAAACGAUGAGGUGUCAAAUAAAGAGUUAAAGGAACUUUUCUCUGAUCUAAUACAGAAGUUGGAGAGUUCAAUGAACGAGAGGCUUACUGCGCUUGACAAAAAAGUAGAGGAAACGCUGAUCGUUAUUAAGGAGGAGAUAACUGAUAUGAAAACAGCGCUUCAAAACCAAGAUGACCGAUUAACUGAUUUAGAAAAGCUAAAACACAGAGGGUUGCCAAAAAACCCCAACAGCAGUUACAAACCUGAAGCACCAGAAGCAGUCAUUGUUAAAUUCGUUCUUAUGGAGGACCGUAAUAUGAUAUUAAAUCAUGCCAGAAACACUACCCUACCGAAAGGCUAUGCAAUACGAACAGAUCUACCCGUGCAUUUGAAGAGAAAGAGGGCAGAGCUGGCUCAAAAGGCAUAUCGAACUCAGGAAAUCAGGAAUGAAGACGAGAAUCCGUGA